AUGGCCCUCGAUACCUGCAAUGCCGUGGUGAACCCAUCGUUUGAGUCGGGGUCCUUGUACCCGUGGGUCCCAUCGGCUGUGAAUGUCGCAAAAGUCAGUAAUGGCACGAGCGCAUACAGCGGAGAUUACUACCUGUCAGUCCCCGGUUUCUGGAUUUCUUUCUCGUGGUGGACCGUGCAACUGAUAGACGCACACAUAUACAGUGAUCUCCAGACUGCCGUGGGCAAUCGAGGCAACACGAUAUCUCAGUCUCUCAAGCAUCUCGAGCCACGCACAAAGUAUACCUUCAGCGCAAGUGUACAAGUUCCAUCGCCAUCUGGUUCUGAGUACUGUGAUGUCUACGUCUAUAUGGGCCGCAAUGCGACCACGGGCCGGAUUGCAUCCUCGCAGCUGUUCACAUUUGGUGAGUGGACAUCCGUGACCGGUACCUAUUUCCCACGGAGGCCAGAGGAAACUUUGAACAUCAUUGCUAGUUGUGACUCAGAGGACUCCUCAGUUACCGGUCGUGUGUGGAUUGACGAUGUGAUCUUUAGCGGAGGCCACGAUUGUGGCGCUUUGUUGGACUGA